AUGGCGCUGGUGGUUUGGCUGGCCGUGCAGCUGAGCGCGGGCUCCGCGGCGUACGUGGUGUCUGUGGAUGCCCGGCGAGCCGAGCGGCCCUUGCAGCACUUCUGGAGGAGCACUGGCUUCUGCCCUCCUUUACCUCACAGCCGUGCUGAUCUAUUUGACCUGAGUAAAGACCAAGAGAUCAACCUUGCCUACAUUUCUUCUGUUCCACAGGGUGGCAUUGAACAAGUUCGAAUUCACUGGUUAUUGGAAUUAGUUGCUCUUAGAGUGAUGAAUGGAAAACUUCACUACAAUUUUACUGCUUUGGAUAGCCUUAUGGAUCGCCUGUGGGAAUAUAAGCUAAUUCCAGGAUUUGAAUUGAUGGGGAAUCCAUCAGGAUAUUUUUUAGAUUUUGAAGAUAAAGAGCAGGUAAUAAGAUGGAGAAACUUAAUUACAUUUCUGGCCAGCAGAUACAUAGAUAGGUAUGGAUUGGAGCAUGUUGCUAAAUGGAAUUUUGAAACAUGGAAUGAACCAGACCAUCAUGACUUUGACAAUGUGUCUAUGACAGUGAAUGAUCAAGAAUUUGAGUUACCAUCUCUGAUACAUGCACUUGCUUGGACUUUAGGGUUCCUCAACUAUUAUGAUGCUUCCUCAGAAGGAUUAAGAGCAGCCAGUCCUCUACUAAAAUUUGGAGGGCCUGGGGAUUCUUUCCACCCCUUACCCAAGUCACCCAUGUGCUGGAGUCUUCUGUGUCAUUGCUACAAUGGAACUAACUUCUUCACGGGGGAGAGUGGUGUAAGGCUGGACUACAUCUCUCUCCAUAAGAAGGGAGGUGGGAGUUCUCUCUACAUCUUGCAACAAGAAGUGGAAGCAGUUGAACAAAUUCAGAAGUUGUUUCCAGAUUUUGCUUCUGUUGCCAUAUACAAUGAUGAAGCAGAUCCAAUGGUUGGAUGGUCUGUCCCGCAAGUGUGGCGAGCUGAUGUGACCUAUGCAGCUAUGGUUGUAAAGGUAAUCAUCCAGCAUCAAAACCUGCUGUUUUCCAAAGCCAACAACACCAUCAACUACACACUGCUGAGUAAUGAUAAUGCCUUCUUGAGCUACUACCCCCAUUACUUCACACAGCGGACUCUGACAGCACGCUUUCAGAUGAACAAUACUGCACCACCUCAUGUCCAGAUGGUACGGAAACCAGUGCUGACUGUCAUGGGCUUGCUGGCACUGCUAGGAGAAAAACAGAUUCUUGCAGAAGUGAAGAGCAGUGAAGGGGAAAGCACUGAAAACAGCACAAUUGGUGUCCUGGCAUCUGUGCACACCCCCAGUGAGAUGCGACCCUCGGACAGUUGGCAAGCUACUGUAUUGAUGUAUUCAAGUGAGGAUAACAGAACUUCAUCCAACAUCAGCACUGUCACAGUGAAUGCCACCCACUUUCCCAGACUUAGAGAGCUGCUGUAUGUGACAUAUUACCUGGAUAACAACCAAACCAAUCCCUACCUGAAGUGGAAAAAGCUAGGAAGCCCUGACUUUCCUUUCCCAGAACAGUUCCAGGAAAUAAGAGAUGCUGAGGAUCCAGUGGUAACAGGCCCGUUCCCAUUUCCUGAAGGUGGCAUCCUGACACUGAAGCAAGACUUUCCCAUUCCGUCAGUCUUUGUUAUCCAUAUUUGUGCAAGACCCAGAUCUGUUCCUGAUCAAGUGACUGGUGUCCGUUUGAUCCCUCUCACAAAAGGGCAGGUCAUUGUAUUUUGGGACGAUGGCUGUGUAAAUUCAAAAUGUAUAAAGACAUUUGAAGUGGAGUUCUCACCAGAUGGGAAAGCAUACAAGCGGAUUAAUGCCAAAGACACAAUAUUCACUCUCUGGGUCUACAGUCCAGGAAGCUCAGUCUCCGGCUUUUACAGAGUACGUGCCAUUGACUACUGGGGAAAGGCUGGCCUGUCUUCUCUUCCUGUGGAGUACAUCGAAGCUUUCAAGUGACUCGGAAGAGGAGUGCCUGGCUUGGUGGCUGGGUGGUAUAUGCUCCCUACAAACACCAACUCCCCAGAAAGAUAAACUCCUCCCGAGCUGAGGAGGGAGUAGCAAGAACUAGGUGAAGCAAGUUAGGAAUGCAAAUUAGAAACAACUGCCACUAUUAACUCUUCAGCACUCAAAAGACAGCGUUAUCAAGCAACCACAACUGACAGUCCAGCUUGUACAAUUCUAUGAGGCUGCUAUAUGGCUGGGAUUCAGCUUGGUAACUAUGAAUUAUGGGAAUAAAUAUUUAUAAUUCCCUAUUUCACACUAAUAGCCACAAACUCCAGCAGGAGCAGGACCAUCACUUUGCCGUGUGAGCAAGAAUGGCAGCAAAAGCACAAGGAGGGUCUGUCUGAGACUGAAAUGUGUGUCUCAGCUGCUAGGCUGUCUUGAUGUAGUGGUUUGAUGGAAAAGUGCACAGCAACCAGGCACAUCCAGAAAAUGGAGUGAAGGAUCCCUGGCAUCCCUGCCAAUUAGUCAUACCUGCUCCAGUGGGUUAUUUGAGUAUUUGCCAUGUCUUUAGAUGUAUGAGACCCUUCAUCCUCUCACAGAGGGUUUUCCACUGAGCUCUCUCUGCAUUUGUGGCUGUUAUUUGGGUACCAGGGCUGUUCCCUCACACUGGCAAAGGAAGGGGCAGCAGCUCAUCCUCCAAGGGGAAAAAGGCACAGAGAACUCUAGCCUCCAGACUUGCCUAUCUUUUCUGCUUUCUGCUUUUGCCCAACUUGCCUGUUUGCUCUGUGGAUGCCAGCUGCUACCUCUUUGUGGUGGAGGCUUUACCACUGAAAGCCUCUUUCUCUGUUGCUGUCACCUAACAUGGCCUUCAGCAGUCUUUACAGCUAAUGUCUCUCCUGAGCAUGCAUCACCUCUCAAACUGUGAGUGACCUAAGGCUUAACUUUGGGCAGCCACGAGAAAGCUGAAAUGCUAAUCAGAGCUUUUGUGUUUCCAUAUUACAGGAGAGCACACUCUUGAAUGGAAUAGGGCUGCUACUGACAACCCUUAGGAAAUGAAACAAGAACAGUUGGAGCACAUGUGCUUUGCAAAGCAUGUGCACAAGCAUGUGAUAGCCCCAGGUCAUGGGCUACAGAGCACCUCUGGCUGUCCUUGCAGCUGCCAAACACUUUAUGUAACAGCAGAGCUCCCUGAAAUCGCAAGGGUGUUUUUUUACUCUCUCCACAACUGCACAGUUUGAACUGCACCUUUAAAAUGAUUGUAGAGGGAAGGAUGAUGCCAGUGAAAACAGCCUGAGUGUUUUCCAUAAGAGAAGCAACUUUGUUGCACAAACAAAUCCCCCACUGCUCUCUGCUGACAUCAGCCACCUCACCAACGUAACAAGCACUGCAUAUUUGGUGAAAUGUUGAGGUCUCACACAAAAAAAAAUAGCUUUGCGCAGUAGGGGACAGCAGAACUACCUCAAAUGGCCUCACACAUACAGUGCAGAAAAGAAACAUAUACAAGAAGUCAGUAUAUACAAGAUAAAGCUUUAUAUCCCCUUAUUUCUGGUUGGUUGUUCAUGUGCUUAUCCUGAAAGUUAGCCUUGAACGAUUCAUUCUGUCACAGAAUUCAGAUGAACUACUUCCUGCCUCACUCAAAACUGAAGUUUGAAUAAGGAGCACUUGUAAUAUCCUAAUCUGCCAAUUCGUAAAGGCUUCUGUACAACAGAAAAGGGCCAUUGGAGCCUGCUUAAUUGACAACUUUCUCAACUCUGAAAAAUUUAAUGAGAAAUUGUAUUUGGACAGAGAUAGUAAAAAUUUAUCUCAAAGUUGUAAUAACUGCCCCUAAGUGAAGAAUCAGCAUAUGCAGUUAAAUAAAAUCCAGCAGUCAAGACAUGCGUGUUUUGUCAGUAUGAAGUGAAACCACAAAAUAAAAAAUACUUUUAGAAAUAUUCCAGUAUAGAUUAUUGAGAGAUUUUAGUGCAUCUGAAGGAGGGGAAGAUACAUCUUGAGAGGACAGUUUACCUUGUUAGGAUGUCCUAUUUCUGUAGCCUUCUGCUUUAAAAUUUUCCCACACUGGCAAUCAGAAUACAGCAGUCUUUAUCAAAUCAAUGUUAUGCACUGGUCACAGGUAUUUGAAAUGAAAAGAAAAAAGUAUAACUGUUAUGAAGAGUAUUGAUUUUGCUAUGCAGGGAUGUAGUAGAAAAUGUAUAGGUAUGUAAAUCACAAAAAAUAGAUCACUGCCCUGCUUCUUUAGCAGACAAGCUUAAGUAACACCUCUCAGAGGUGAGGUCUUUAAUGGCGUAUAUGACACAAAUGAUGCAAAGCUGAUGAGUCCUGGUGGGUAUUUGGCUUUUGCAAAUGUGAAGAACAGACAGUGGUGAUUGACUUCUCUUACACUGUAUUGAAUGAAGUCUGUCCCUAUGGUAAGUUGUUUCCUUUGUGGCAAGUUAUCAUCUCUUAGAAGAUUUUUACUGCUGGGAGUUCUGUUGACCCAUGAUUUCUGCUUCAUAGCAGAGGCAAACAUGAGUCUUGAGGAUGCCUUUUUAAGUGGUUUGUCAUUUUCUUGUUUUGUCAAAAAGCAGUGUAAGUGUUCUGGUUUCAAGAUGAAAUUUCCUACAAUAUUGUAUUGGCUGCUGAAGCCACAAAAAAGCAGAAUUUGUAUUUGCAAGGGCAGAACUUAACAUGUUGUAAUUGCAAAUAAAACCCAGUUUCUUAAGGUCAACUCCA